AUGGUUGUUUUACUGGUAGUCACUGCCAACUAUCCCGUGGAUAUGACCCAACCAAGUAUGCCACUACACCCCUGGCUUAUGGCCAACAAGAAUAAUGUCCCCCACCUCCAGACCUUCUUCGCUAACUCGCCCACGCAAAAUCCAAGUAUCAGUCAGGUGUCUCAGCUGUAUUCGAGUGAAAUUGCGUCAGCCAGAGGGUGGUCGGGGACCCGGUGUCUUCCCAAAUCAGUUUACGAGUUGAGACCGGGCAAAUUUGAUUUUUGUAACCUUGAGGACUAUACGAUGCCAAAUCCAUUGCCAGCGCUCUCAGAAGCUGGUAUCCUGGAAGUGAAGGCAUCAGAAAAUAUCAGCUGUUCUUGCGAUUCUGGCGAGAUAUUGUGUCCGCAAGGAUCUAUUGUCGAACCACCCAGGCACCUGUUGCCCUCGACAGACUACUUAAUGAACCUGACCCACUACAACGUGUCUAAUUUUCUACUGAAGACUCGCAACGAAGCAAUAUUGAAGCGGUAUGGAGGUCUGAAUUUCCUUGUAAGUGAUAACCCCGAGAAGAUAGUUGCCACGAAAGAAUUUCUCUCGAACAGGACGCGGCUAGAAGCCCUGUUAAAUAGCACACUGUCCAGUCCAGAGUUGACGUCAAUUGGAACGAAGCUUGGGAAUCCGGAAAAUUAUGGUUUGGCGAUCGCCAAUUUCCCCCUUCCCACAGGCCAGGGACAAGCCACUCGGGUUCUAUUGAAUUCGCUUUCAAUCGAGCUUACCAAAGCCAUUGGUGUCAUCGUUGCACUUUCCUUCGUCUCCUCUUCGUUUGCAAGCUUCAUUAUCCGUGAGAAGCAUAGUGGUGCCAUGGCGAUGCAGUUUCUCUCCGGUCACAGCCGCUUAAUCUACUGGUCUAUGUCUUACGUCUGGGAUUUCAUUUCAUUCCUCAUUCCCAUUGCCUUUAUCAUUAUCAUCUUCGUAAUCUUUGAUGAACAGGCUUACAUUGGCAAGGGGCAAAUCGGCGCCUUCAUCGUUCUUCUGGUUGUGUACGGUUUGGCCAUCACUCCUCUGAUGUACUGCCUCGUCUUCAUCUUUCGUGUACCCUCACUUGCCUUUGUAUCUUUUCUUGCACUGAAUAUUCUCGUUAGCCUCACCACCGCCAUACUUGUCCAUACCUUGGAGCUCACUUCACUCGAUAACCCCGAUGUGUCCUCCGCGGCUGAGGUCCUCGCAAACCUCUUCCUCAUUUUCCCACAGUUUGCAUUCAGCCGAGGCUUCUAUGAAUUAGCGAAGGGCUACGCAGUUAAGAAAUUCGGCCUUGACCAGCUCAUCGAGAACAAUAAUCUCUUUUCCUGGAAGCCAUUAACAGAGAAGCUAGUUGCCAUGACAAUUGAAGCAGUCGUAUUUUCUGGAAUCCUUCUUCUUGUUGAAUAUUCCAGGUUAUGGAAUGUAUGUGGAAAAUUCAAAAAUAAAGGCAGUAGUGUGGAACAUGGGCUAGGAAUCAGUGCCGACGUGAUGGAGGAGAGAGAACGAGUAGAAAAUGUAUGUUAUGUCUAUCGUCACAUCACAGUUUGCUUAUCCGCAUACUUUAUGCUUAGUUACCUGCCGAACAACAUUGUAAAUACCAAUUCAAUGAAAUCAGAUACAUUCCUGUAUUUGAAACUAAACUAA